AUGGUUAAAUCAAUAUUUUUAAUACGAAUGAUUUACUCUAUAUUUUAUGUUUUUUGUAUCAAAGAUCAGAGUCUCGAAGAGCGAGAAAAGAGGCAUUCAAGUCACAAAGAGCAACUAUCGCGGGAACAGCGGUAUCUCAGACGGCGGUUAGCACAGCUGCGCACGAGUCGAGACGUCACCCGGUCGAUAUCCGAAAGCUCGAUGGCGCACACGACGCGCGCAGAUUCCUUCUCCUCUUUAGAGUCCUCUUCUGGUGUCUCCACCGCGGAGAGAUCGCCUUCAUCUGUUUCUGAAAGUGAUGAAGUGGACGUUAUCGGCUACACGUCGAACCAGAGCGACAGCGAGUCGCUAGUGAGCGGCCACAGCGGUGACAGUGGCGUGGGCGUUGGUGUGGGCGGACGCAGGCGGCGCUGUACGAAGCCCGCGCGUUCUCGUUACACCAGGGUCUAG